CCUCCUGCUCUGACUUGCUCUGACAGUUCACAUAAUAACACUAGGCAUAGCUUGCCAACCCCACUCUCCGCUCUCGCGGCUACCUUGAUCGCCGCUGCUGAUUGAAGCUCGAAGCUCGAAACCAUCACAGGACAGGAGCGCACGACUAGUUUUGCUAACCUCAUACGAAUCUUGCUAGCCUGAUUCCGCGGUUCGUCCGGUAUGACAGUGGAGGAGCCCGUGUUCGUGCUCCGCACGGAUCGCGACGGUCCGGGCGAUGCAGCGGAGGGAUUCACGGGGAGAGAUGGGCGCACUCCCGGCGUCGACAGUAGCGUCAGCGGCGCUGGUUCCCGCGGCACCGACACGAAACACACUAAGAGACUAUCUCGCCAGCAGUCCCGCAGUCCGCGCAAUCGCUCGUUAAAACUUCUCGCUUCCGCGGGAUCUUCUUCCGCCGCUUCCAUAUCCUCCGCGUCUCCCUCUCUCGCCCACUCCACCACCCUUACCAUUGGCCCGCCUUCCCCCGGUGUCUCCUCCGCUUCCCCUUCCCGGGGGAAGAACUACCCCCGCGCCACACUCGGCGGAGGGUUUGGCGGACGCAACUCCCCUUCCGCCGGCCGCCCCCGCCCGUUCUCCGCGCACGCGGCGCCGGGAAGCUCGCCGAAGCCGCCGCUGUCGCCGUCAGUGGCGGCAUCGGGGGACAGCCCGCCGGGCGAGUGGGAGCUGAUGUGGCGCGACGCCUUGACGCGCACCGGCGCGAGCGCGCGGGGGUUGGUGGCCCCGCUGCAGCGUGGAGUGGAGGAGGCCCCCGCGCGCAUCCAGCGGGGAGUGGUGGACGGCGCAGUGGCGAUCGGCGGAGCGGCGAAUGCGGUGAAGGUCCGCGCGCAGGCGAUGGCGGGCGCGGCGCUGGGGCUGCUGGACCGCCUGGACGGGGACCGCCUGCACUGCCCGCGCUGCAAGGGCUCGGGGCUGCUCUCGCCCGCGCACGCCUGGUCGCGCCUGCUGCGCCCGCCGCCCUCCGCCACCAACGAGCCCUGCUGGUUCUGCCAAGGCAUCGGCGUGAUGCCGAUAUUCGACCUGUCAGGCUUCCUCGUGGCGCGCUGCCCGCCCCUCGUGUCCCCCCGCCACGGCUCCUCCGCCACCGCCUCAUCCCUGCGCUUCUCGUCCUUCCAGCUCUUCCUCGGCAAGUUCCCUGGCACACGCACGCGCCUCAUUACCUCGCGCCUCCCCCGCAUGCUGCGCCACGCGAUCUUCACGCCGGCGCUUGGCCCCUUCUGCAACCCCACCCAGGACGAGGCAGUCCGCGCCUUCUGCUCCCGGGAAGACCCCUCCGCCCCCCCCUCCUCCGCCUCUUCCUCUUCCUCCUCAUCCGAGUCUCCUGCUGCAAGGACGGCCGCAGCAGCUGCAGCCACAGCAGCAGCAGCAGCAGCCGGAGCAUCUCCUGCUGGUGCUGGUGGUGGCGUUUCCCCUCUGGGCUCUGCUCCUUCGUUGCACGACUCCCAAGAUUUGUCCCCCAAGGCGAGUCCCAGGCACGGCAAGUGGCAGCAGCAGCGGCAGCAGGAGCAGCAGAGCAGGGCAGGGCAGCAGGCGCAGGAGCAGCAGAGGGAGCAGCGGCGGCAGCAGAGAGAGGGGGAAGGGAGAGGCGGAGGGGGGUGCAGCGGAGGGAGAAGUAGAGGCAGGAGAGGAGGCAGUGCGGGAAGGCUAGGCAGCAGCCAAACAAGUCCUCAACCAAUCCCUUCCAACAGUAGCAGUAACAGUAACAGUAACAGCAGCAACAACAGUGGCAGCAGUGGCAGCGGUACCAUCACUCCAGCCAGUGGAGACCAGACUGCCAGAUUUCGCUCCUCUGCAGCCAACAGCCCCAGCGGCGAAACGAGCAGCCUAUGGGGUCAACUCUCCUCCCCUGUGCGCUCCGCCACCCCUGGGACUGCCCUCCCCCCUGGCUUGCCUCACACAUCUACCACCUCCGCCACCGCUCCUGCAGGGACACUGCAGAGCGGCGCAGCAGGGGGAGGAGCAGGGGAUGGGGCCGGGGUAGAUGAGGAGACGGCGGAAGGUAUGGGUGAGGUGUGGGUAGGGGUUGGGGAGUUUGGGCAGCAGAGUCCGCGCUCGCGGUCGCCGCGGAGGGAGAGGAAUAAGGUCAGGGAGAAGGCGGAGCGGCAGGCGGUGGAGCGGGCACGGGUGCUGCAGCGGACCAGCAGUGGGAGGGGCGGCAGGGGGGGGAUCAACGAGGCAGCAGAGGCGCUGGAAGCUGACUCGCAAGGCGGAGCGAACGACCUGUGGUGGAUAGUGGGUGCGCGCAUACGUGCUGCGGGCUCCUCAUUCGCUCCAUCUAUGGACUUCCCUUCCUCCCACUCUGCCACCUUCAGCCUCGUUCCCUCAUCACCUAGAACCAAGCAGCCAAGCAAUCCUGACAGCAAGAAGUCAUCCUAGUAAUGUGCUCUCUAACAUCCUCGUAAAACCUAGUUGCGGAUGUGUGCACUUAUGUAGUGGAGUUUAUAUUGUUGUGUUCGUUGGCAUGAUUUUACAGAUGUUACUACAUCACAUUGAUACAUCACAGGUACA